AUGACCGACGCUGGUCAUAUGCUCUCGGACCUCUUAUCGUUCGUCAUCUCAAUAGUCGCCAUUCGUACAGCAAGGCAACCACCGAGUAAACGCCUCUCAUGGGGAUAUGAUCGAGCUGAAGUAUUAGGGGCGAUGAUUUCGGUCAUUAUCCUAUGGGUGUUGACAACGGUGCUUGUAUUGUUGGCCAUUGAACGAAUUGUAAACAACAACCUCUCGGUAGACGCUGAUGUGAUGUUGAUCACAGCCAGUGUUGGAGUUGGAUUCAAUGUUAUUAUGGGUAUUGUAUUACAUUUUGGAAGUGGUGGACAUGGACAUACUCAUGGAGGAGUCAGUCAUGGACAUUCCCACGGAGGUAAGAACGUGAAUGUUCGGGCGGCGUUCAUUCACGUUAUCGGUGAUCUGAUCCAAUCGAUUGGUGUACUGAUCGCAGCUUUAGUCAUUAAGUUUACCGGCUGGGAACUGGCUGAUCCAAUUUGCACGUUCCUCUUCUCGAUAAUCGUACUCUUCACCACAAUUCAUGUAUUACGCGAUAUCUUCUAUGUUCUUAUGGAAGCCACGCCCCGUCACAUGGAUUUCAAUGCCGUAAAAGAGGAUUUGGCAGCCAUAGAGAAUGUUCAAAGUGUACAUGAUUUACAUAUGUGGUCUUUGAACAUGGAUAAGACGGCCCUAUCUGUACAUCUUGCAAUAGAUUCAUCAGAACACGCUAUUAGUACGGUAACAGCUGCUCGUACGUUGAUUCGACAGAAGUAUGGCAUUUCAAAAGCUACCGUACAAGUGGAAUCGUACGAUAAGAGCAUGAACUCAUGCGAACAGUGCCUGAGUUAA